AACUAGACGAAUAUGGAAGAAGUAAAGGUACUAGGGUACUGGUCAAGUCCAUAUCCUUACAGGGUUAUAUGGGCUCUGAAACUCAAGGGUGUCAAAUAUGAAUAUAUAGAAGACGACAUAUACAAUAAGAGUGAUUUGCUUCUUCAGAGUAACCCAGUGCAUAAGAUGGUUCCAGUGUUUUUUCAUGGUGGAAAAAUAAUUGCAGAGUCCCCUGUUAUUCUUGAGUACAUUGAAGAGACGUGGCCUCAGAACCCUCUGCUACCAAAUGACCCAUAUGCAAGGGCCAUGGCUCGGUUUUGGACCAAGUUCGGAGAUGACAAGAGGCCAAACUUUUUUGAGUUCUUUUGGAAAACUGGAGAUGAGCAAGCAAAAGCAGUAAAAGACGCCCAAGAACUUGUGACAAUCUUGGAACAGCAUGGCCUUGGGGAGAAAAAGUUUUUCAACGGUGAUGAGAUUGGAAUGACAGACUUAGCCUUCGGAUGGAUAGCAUUCUGGCUUGAGGUCAUGGCAGAAGCAGCUGGUGUACAAGUGCUGGAAGUCAAUAGCUUCCCUCGCUUGCAGGCAUGGAUUAAAAAUUUCAAGGAAGUUCCUGUGAUUAAAGAAAAUCAUCCCGAUGAGAGCCGCCUGUUAGCCUAUAUGAAAGAACGAAGGGAGGGGCAUGUCAAGAUAGCAACUUCUUGAUAUCCACAUGAACCCAAUAAGAAUAAAAGUUCAAAGAUAAAUAAAUGUAAUAGCUUCUACAUUCCAAUAAGCGAAUAGUUCCAACAACA